GGAGACAACAGCGUGCAGAGCGCUUCCCCAGCAACAUAGAGCAUUCUGACAAAGCAGCUGCAACACUGGGAUCCACAGAACAUAACAGCUCUCCAGCCAGGGCGAUGAAAAUGGUCAACAGUGACAAGAAUGGAUUUUCGUUUAAGAAAUGCUCAGCUUUCCAGUUCAUGAAGAAGAAGGUCCGGAGGUGGAUGAGAAACCCCAAGGUGACUAUGGAAAAGGGUCAAAGUAAAACUUUCCUCUACCCUAAUUCUACAUCACUGCACAAAUCUCAGAUGGACCAAGAUCUCUGGUAUAAGCAGUUCCCAGCUUACAGCUGCUGCCACCUCAACCACACAAGAGACUUCCUCCCAGAUGAUCAGCCAUGUGUCAUGGACAAAGGCAAAAGCUGCAAAGUAAGAAAAUGGAAAAUGAUGAAUAAGCACCAUCCAGACAAUAAACAGAAAACUCCAUCAGCAGACCAAGAUGUAGAAGCGCAUUUGAGCUGCCCUUGGUCGAUGAGUAGUGCACAUCUCUUAGCUCACCCAAUUAUGGUGGAAUGCUGUGUCUGCAGUGCUCCAGUUAUCACCUACAGGAUGCAGGAGGCCUGGGAGCCCAGAGAAAGAGCCCAGGCAAUGGAUCUGUUCUACCCAAUUCUGCCAGUCCGAGAAAGGACGUAUUGUUGCGAUAAUGACCCAGCAUUUAUGAAACAGAGGAGAAUGGGACUCAAUGACUUCAUUCAGAAGCUCGCUACUAACUCCUACGCCUGCAAGCACCCCGAGGUCCAGUCAAUCCUUAAUCUGAACCAACCUCAAGAACCUGAACUCAUGAACACCAACCCUUCCCCUCCUCCCAGCCCAUCCCAGCAAAUUAACCUUGGGCCAUCUUCUAACCCUCACGCCAAACCCUCCGACUUCAACUUCUUAAAGGUCAUUGGAAAGGGCAGCUUUGGCAAGGUCCUCUUAGCAAGGCACCACAGCGACGACCAGUUCUAUGCAGUGAAGGUUUUGCAGAAGAAGGCGAUCUUGAAGAAGAAGGAGGAGAAACACAUAAUGUCAGAGCGGAAUGUCCUUUUAAAGAAUGUGAAACACCCUUUCCUGGUUGGGCUCCACUAUUCCUUCCAGACGGCUGACAAGCUUUACUUUGUCUUGGACUAUAUUAACGGAGGAGAGCUGUUUUAUCACCUCCAAAGAGAACGCUGCUUCCUUGAGCCCAGAGCACGGUUUUAUGCUGCAGAGAUUGCAAGUGCACUGGGAUACCUGCAUUCUUUGAACAUUGUUUAUAGAGAUCUGAAGCCAGAAAACAUCUUGCUGGAUUCUCAGGGACACAUUGUGUUGACUGAUUUUGGACUGUGCAAAGAGAACAUUGAGCCCAAUGGCACCACUUCCACCUUCUGUGGCACACCAGAGUACUUGGCUCCUGAAGUUUUGCACAAACAACCAUAUGACAGAACAGUUGACUGGUGGUGCUUAGGAGCUGUGCUGUAUGAGAUGCUGUAUGGACUGCCACCUUUCUACAGCCGGAACACUGCAGAAAUGUAUGACAAUAUCUUGAACAAGCCUCUGCAGUUGAAACCCAACAUCUCAAACUCUGCAAGGCACCUCUUGGAGGGCCUGCUGCAGAAGGACCGAACCAAGAGACUGGGCUGCAAAGAUGACUUUAUCGAAAUCAAGAACCAUGUAUUCUUCUCUCCUAUCAACUGGGAUGACCUGAAUGCAAAAAGACUCACCCCUCCUUUUAACCCAAACGUGACUGGCCCAAAUGAUCUACGGCACUUUGAUCCCGAGUUUACAGACGAGCCGGUCCCAAGUUCCAUCGGGUGCUCUCCAGACAGUGCUCUGAUUACAGCAAGCAUCAAGGAGGCUGCUGAAGCUUUUCUGGGAUUUUCUUAUGCUCCAUCUAUGGACUCUUACUUGUAAGGACUUGCCAUAGACUGACGGAUCUUACAACGGACCCUGCAGCAGGGUGAAAUAUUUGCACAUCGAUCAAGGCAGCUUUGUGGCCUGUAACUUGUACAAGUGGUCCAAGCUGAGUGGGAAGUUUUCAGAUAUGUUCUUCUCAUUUCCUGAGAUCUGGUGCUGUCUUUUGGGCGAUUUUUUUUCUUCGCGGAGGAACUGCAGCAAUAUCAAAUGUUCCAAGACAUUUUUUUUGUUGGAGGACCUUGAAUGUUUUGCUAGGUGCCUUUUCCCUCUUGAUAAGGUCUUAUCUGGAGCUCUUGGGUUACAGUGUGAACAGAAGUAUGAGGGAGGUUUUAGUUGGCCAUGAGUUUUCUGGCCUUGGCAUCGGAUGGUGUUUGACACACUACAAUGGCGGGCAUUGCCUGCGUCUUCCACAUGUGGGAGAUGGCAAAUUUGCUGUACAGUCCUGAAUUGUAUUCGUUCGGGCAUUGGUUUUUAUUAUCCUUUUUUUAAGAAUUGCAAAUCUACAAUUGCUUAAACUAAAGCAUUGCUGCUAUGAUGUGAAUAUGUACCUGGACCAAAAAAAAAUCUAACAAAUGCCCUGUCCGUAGAGUCAAUCUCAUCCAGUCUUCCAUUUCCUUUUGGACGUGUUGUAAAGGUGGGCACUAAAGUUGUCUAGCCCUGGCAUUCCAUUAACAUUGUUGUAUUUAAAUUCAUUUGUACAUUUCAGUCACUGUACAAGUUUUAAUGUAUUUAAAAUGAAAAUGUAUGCUUACAUAUGAAUAACUGUUCAUAUUAAAUGUACUGUAAUUUUAUUUUUUUAAAAUGUAUUUGUGACUUUGGUUUGCAAUAAACAUUGAUGUCUUA